GCACUACUAUAGACAUGCCAGAAGGACAGCAGCCGCACUGAGCCAAACAGCACCUCCACACAUCACAGCUCCAAUAAUAUGAGACUAGAUUCUACCUGAUGGACAUCCAGAGGCAAACAAAGAUGGCACACAAAGAGAUCCAAGAGGCGAGAGGAAGCAGACCAAGUGAAGACAUUACAGAAGAACAAUUUCUUAAAGAUGUGUACCUUUUUAUGAAGAAACGAGACACACCAAUAGAGAGGAUCCCACACCUGGGCUUCAAACAAAUUGAUUUGUACCUGAUGUUCAAGACAGUUAAAGAGCUGGGGGGCUAUCACCAGGUGACCGCUCAGCAGCUCUGGAAGCAGGUCUACAAUACUCUGGGAGGAAAUCCUCGCAGCACAAGUGCAGCCACAUGCACCCGACGCCACUAUGAGAAAUUACUGUUGCCAUAUGAGUGUCACAUCAAAGGCCUGCGUCUUAAUGCAGUACAGCAGCCAAGGCAUUAUCAUUAUGUGGGCUAUAGAAAAAACGAAGAGGACGGGCCACUGCCAGCCAAACGCAGAUCAAUGCUCUUUCCUUUACAGAAUCCCUCAGAAGUUUUGUCCGAGCAUCACUCAGGCUUGUUUACUUUAAGCUCCUCCUAUCCCAAAUUCUUCUACCCUGCUUACACCUAUCCUCCACUUCCCCAAUCACUGUUGCCUUCCCCACGGCUGCCUGUACCACCCCCACCGCCAUACUUAUCCUGUACUCCUGCCUUACCCAGCCCCACAGAAUGCCCAUCUCGGCCACCUAACUGCUCGGACCAACCUAAAGACCCACUGGAGCAUCUCCGUUACCUGGCCAAGCAGUAUGAGAAUUCAGCAGGCCUGUCAGAACCUCUCAACUUGAGUGUGAAAUCUUUAAACCAGGACAUUACCACAAAUCCUGCAUCUUCCUUUGCACCACCAUCAUCCAUUAAGAACCCAAAGUUUUUAAAUAAACCCUCCCCUUUAUACACAUCUCUGAAUACAAAUGUGAAAAGUGAUGCCAAGAAUGGUGUGGGAGCUACGGCUGAUGUCUCGUCAUUCAGUUUAAAAGACUCUCCAUCUCCAAAAUCUCCAGUUGCUAGCACUGAUGCCGAGCAAAGCAAGGAGGAACCAAGUGAGAGACAGCACAGCCCUGAAGUCAGGUGUAUAAAUGAGUUAAUAUCUUCAACUGGAGAAAAUGGAGGAAGAAUGGAAAUCGAAAUACCUCUUUCGGUAUUUAAUAACUGGCUUCAGAAGUAUGGUCCCCAAGCCACUUUGCAUGGUUCAAGACAGCUGUUAAUUCAGGAAGACAGUACUGUAAAAAGCACAGCAAUGGAGACGACGCCAGCAAACUUGACCUUUGAGAUAAAGCAGAGCAAGUUAGAUGAGGAAAAUUUACGACACAUGCCAAGUCAGAGAUCUCCAAGCCAGUAUCACUGCAACAAUCACAAGCCCACAUUUGGUAUGCUGAGAAACGCAGUAAGCCGAGAUGUCUAUCUAUUCAAUGAUGUGAACAAGUCGUACAACAUUAAAAGUAUGCCUAUAGAGGGCUGGGAUAUGACAAGCAGAAGUGGACCUACACUCCCUAAGCAAGCUAACGUUACCAUCAAUCCACCCACAGCGCCACAGGACCUCAGAGCCUCUAAGCCUUAUGUAACUAAAGAUCACAGGCAGCAGCAACAACCUGAGGCAAAGGGUCUAACACAGAAACCAGUCUCUGUGCUGCAACUGACCCCUGAAGAAGUGAUGAAACUCAAGAAAAUUAUCUCCAACUCUUAAUGACACCACAACUCCAAUCAACUA